CUUUCAAUUUUUUCAAUUACAUUUUUAUACGUUAUAAUCUGCCAAAAAUUGACAAAUGCGGUUUUCGCUGAGCAAAUUCAAGGUUGAGCUCAAGCUAUCAGUCAACCGCCUGCGGCUGCUACAAGCCAAAAAGAGCUCGCUCAAUGCCAAGGCGCGGCGCGAAAUAGCAACCCUCCUCGAGAGCGGCAAGGAGCGCAGCGCAUACAUUAGAGUGGAGAACAUUAUAAGAGAGGACUUUAACGUCGAAGCAUUGGAAAUCGUCGAACUAUACUGCGAGCUGUUGACCGCGCGCGUGGGCCUUAUCGAGCAGUCGCGGACGGUAGACCCGGGGAUCAGCGAGGCCGUGUGGUCCAUAGUCUAUGCGUCGACGCGGGCAGAUGUCAGGGAACUGGUCAUUCUCAGAGAGAUGCUGACCUCAAAGUUUGGGGCAGAGGCUGUCAAGAGCGCAAUCGACAAUGCCGAGGGCCAGGUUGACCCGAAGCUGGUGCGCAAGCUGAGCCCUCAGGCGCCACCGACCGAGCUGGUCAAGAUGUACUUGAAGGAGAUUGCCAGCAUCUAUCGUGUCAACUGGCGCCCCGAGGGUGAAAAUGAUGACAGCAACGAUACACCAAGCGGGGGUGUAAAAGAGCCCGCUCGACUUGCCACACCCCCAGCAGCAUUCGAGUGUGCUGAGUUGGAUGAUCUGCUAAACGAGGGCGCAGAUGCUGCCAAGACCGGCGACUCUCAGAAUUCUACUGGCAAUGAUACUGACAAGGACAAAGAGGUUUCUGACUUGCUCCCGUCCAUCCCAUCAACAUCGGAAAAUCCCAGGGGAAGUGACAGUGCUGGACCAAAGCCGCCCGUUACCAAGCCAUUGGCACCAAAGCCCGCGGCCAAACUGCCCGUACCCGUUGUCAGCAGGGCCAAGCCCAGCGCGCCUGCACCGAAGGACGGCUUGCCCUCGCUUGAUGAGCUGCAGAGGCGGUUUGACGCACUCAAGCGGGGCUGAAGCAAGCAUGUUUGCUGGAUUUUUUGACUCAGCAGCGCUGAUACCAUACGUGUAUUGUCCAGUACACUUGCCCGGUAAACGCUUAUGCCUGCGACCCAAAGUCAGGGGCUCUUAUUUUUUAUUUUAGACCACUUAAUUCCUUGUAAACAUUAUUUUUUCAAACAAUAAAAAUAUACUGCCUGUACGCGCA